CGCAGCCACGGCCCAAGUCCGACGGCAUCGACCGCAGGCGCCUAGAAAUCCCUAGAAUAUAAGAGAUCGACCAUGUUAAUUGAAGCCUCCCCAAAACGAUCCCAAGAUCGGACUGCGCGCAUCGUGUGGAUCUCCAGCGGCAAUCCCCCUUCCCGACCAGUAGGGUUUGGCACUGUGAAUCCAAUUUCUUGUUUGGGGUCAGAAUAAAAGAUCCGUGGAUGAUAUUGGGCACCGUGAUCAUUGUCUCGGGCUACUUUUAAGUAUACAGAUACUAUCUCUUGCAUUUCAAGUGUAGAUAUUGGGCACCGUGAUCAUUGUCUCAGGCUACUUUUAAGUAUACGGAUACUAUCUCUUGCAUUUCAAGUGUAGGUUCUGAGCUGUUUAGGGAUUUUUUUAACCGUGAUUCGUUGAUCUUAAGCUGGUUGUAGAGAGAUGGGGAAGCCACUGAUCUAUGAAAUAUGGGAAAAACCUGCGAGUAGUUGUGUCAUAGGGAUAUGCUCUGCGAUUUGGUUCUACAUUCAGAAGAAAAACAUUGGCUACUCGAAUGUGGGAUUGAGUUACGAGACGGCGAUCGCAGGACAGUAUUGGAGAAUCAUUACAUCUGCGUUCUCCCAUAUCAGUGUCGUGCAUUUGGUUUUUAACAUGAGCGCGCUUUGGAGCCUUGGAGUCGUAGAGCAGCUGGGCCACCUGGGCCUCGGGAUCGAGUUCUAUCUCCAGUAUACUCUUGUUCUGGUAGUCUUAUCGGGAGUGUUAGUUCUAUUAGCAUAUCAUAUUCUGAUUCAGAAAUUUAAGCUGGAAUACUUUAGAAGAGUGACGGCCGUGGGCUACUCAUGUGUGGUCUUUGGGUGGAUGACGAUUCUUGCAGUGAAGCAGCCAUCUUCGAAGCUGAAUCUGUUUGGGGUUCUCUCUUUGCCAAUCAGCUUUGCUCCCUUUGAAUCGUUAAUCUUCACUUCCAUAAUUGUACCCCAAGCAAGUUUCAUCGGCCACUUGUCUGGUAUUAUUGUUGGCUAUUCAAUAGCCUGGGGUUUGAUUCAUGGCAUGAGCAAUUACUGGGCAAUUUCAAUGCUUGGAUGGGUUAUACUCAUGUUUAUACUAAGCCUGAAGCGCACUGGAGCAGUUGAUCUCCCCUUCAUUGAGAUUGAGCCUGUUACAGAUCCUUCACUUCCUGCUGUCGGCUUUAUUCCUUCUGGUAAUGGACGAACUUUGCAGAUGAAUAUUUUACAUGGCAGAGGUGCGGAACUUGUGUAACUUUUGGAGAAAAAUACAUCGCCAACAGCGGGCACAUAACAUCGCUUGCUUGGAACACCCAAGAGGAAAUAUAAUAUUGUUUUUUAUUAUUAUUCUCAUGGUAAAAGAUUGUGCUGUUUCUAGAUCUCAGAGAAUUCCAAUUGUAAGCAUUCUCAUGGUCAUGACACAAAAUUGUUACGCAAAGUGUUGUAUAUGUUUCAGUCAAUUCAUGUCUUUGAAAAAAAUCAGUUUUGGAGCUUUACAUAACUGAAUAUGUGGACUGUAGAUGUCAUAUUUUAAUGGUUUCAGUCUCAGAUCUUGGAACUUGAGUUUUAUGUGUCAUAUGUUCUAGUCAAAAUAGAAACAUCUGGUUUUGUA